AUGGCUGCUUCUGCUCGCGGGGUCGUCGGCGAUUGCGGCGGAACGGGUGAACGGCAAAGGGUUGCUGCAACUGUUCCGGCUGAAAGACAGGACGACCGCUGCAACGGGCUGUCGAUGGCAGUCUCGCGGUUAUGGCGAUUUCCGACUUUAGAUGGCGGAAUUCCUCAGAAAAGACCGCCGCUUCUCAUUGACCGACGCGAACGGACAGUAGGAGGGCCGCUGCUGUUGAAAGUCGCCGACGAGGAUUUCUCGACUGGUUCGUCGGCGGUUCUGUUCGCGAAUGGACGAGGAAGGCCGCUGCUCGUCGAUUCUUGGGUUUAA